CCCUGGUGAAUGGGGGCUCCCAAGCAAAUGCUUGUUUUGCUUGUAGGUAAAUCCGGCCCUGAUAAGGGGUAUUCAAAAUGUUCCAAAUUUGCGUUACGUAAUUUAUGGACGGCCCCGAUGGAAACUGCCUCGGCCGGCGACUUCUAUGACGCGCCCUGCCCGCCCCUGCCCCCGCCCCGAUCAGUGACUAGCAAGGCUUCAAGGCCUCCUGGGAGAGAGCAUCUGUUGCUGCAGUGAAGUAGUAGCGCUCUUCCCAAUCGGCUGUCAUCUGUACGAACGAUGUCUCGAAAGGUGGCAGUGGUGACGGGCGGCAACAAGGGCAUCGGGCUGGCCGUCGUGCGGGGGCUGUGCAGGCGCUUCGACGGAGACGUCUUCCUCACGGCGCGCGACGCGGCGCGCGGAGAGGCGGCGGUGGAGCAGCUGCGACAGCUAGGUCUGAAUGUAAAAUUUCAUCAACUUGAUAUAUGCAGUGAUGAAAGUUUAAAUGUCUUCAAAAAAUAUCUCGAAGAAAAUUACAAUGGAUUAGAUGUAUUAGUUAACAAUGCAGCUAUAGCAUUCAAGAUCAACGAUUCAACCCCCUUUGCAGUGCAAGCAAAAGAGACCAUUUACACCAACUACACCCGACUUGCAGCCACUUGUCGUGCUCUGUUUCCCCUUCUGCGACCUCAUGCUCGUGUUGUAAACCUUUCAAGCAGCUCAGGUCACUUGAGCAGGAUCCCAGGUGAGCAGAUUCGAGCUCAGCUCAGCUCACCAUCACUGACUGAAGAGGCUCUCACAGAACUCAUUCAGUCAUUUGUCAGGGCAGCUGAAGAAGGUACCCAUUUCAAGAAAGGUUGGUCAGACAGUGCAUAUGAAGUUUCAAAAAAUGGAGUUAGUGCCUUAACUUUCAUCCAACAAAGGGAAUUUGACAAGGAUCCUCAACAAGACAUAGUUGUUAAUGCAGUGCACCCAGGGUGGGUUAGAACUGAUAUGUCAAGUCAUUCAGGACCACUAACUCCUGAACAAGGUGCAGAAGCUCCCCUGUUUUGUGCUCUGCUUCCGCCCAAUGUAAGUGCCCCUCGUGGGGCCUACAUCUGGUGGGACAAGCAGAUUGUUGACUGGACUGGUAGCACCAUCCCCCCUCCACAGAGCAAUAAGUCUUAAACUAAAUGCUUAUGUCUAAUCAACAAACUGUGGAUCUGAUUAAUUAUCAAGGCAUUUUAAUAUUAUUUUUUUAUGAUAAGACAUAUUUAAAGAUAUGAAAACCAUUACCUCUUUAAGAAACAAAUAUGAAUGUAUAAAUUAUUGGGUGUCUUGUUUUUAAAAACCAAUUUCCAUACUAAUUAAAUAUUUAUAAGGAGUUAUAUGUCUCUUUUGUAAUGUUAUCUUUUGAUACACUUUUCGAGAAAUUUUCACAUUAAUUCAUGACAAUAAAAUACAACAUAUUGAAGAGGGAGUUUUAAUGAUUUAGGGUCCUGUAACAUAUCUUAAAUGCAUGUCUUGCACUUUAUUCAUUUGUUAUGUAAUUUAUCUAAUGCAAGCACCAACUCCUAAGCAUUUAAAGAAUCUGCACUUUCAUAUCUUAUAUUCCAAAUAUUUUCUUAAAUUUAUUAUCAUAAGCAAAUGCAAAAUUGAUGUUACAACUUUAAUUUAUUUCAAUUUCUCCCAGACAUUCACUUGAACAAGAUGAAGAGACAUACUGCAUUGUGAGAGGAAAAAUCUCUUAUCAAGGAACUUCCUUGAAAGGCAAACACACUCUGAGCUAUCUCUCGAUGCUCUCAACUAGUGGGAGUGGAAAUGAUCACGCAGAAGUGGUUUUAAUGAAAUGAACUGAAUCCAAAAUGAAUCCAGACAUUUGGAAGUUCAGUUAGUGUAAUUCUCAGGUGCAUAAUUGUGAAAAAUUCAAGUUAUCAGUUACUCAUUUUCUUUAGGCUUUUUCUCUUGCUGCUUUACACUGUUAAAAACAGGGAAGAGGAAGAUUUAUAAACCUAUUGUUUUUACAAUAGUCGGUUUGACUCGACUAAUCUAGGGAAAGGCUAAACCGAUGACUCACCAAAGUGAAUUUUACGUCUUCUGGAGCUUCAGAAAAGGAGGAGCGGGCUUCAGAAAGAAGUUAUAGAAAUCCAAAUUUCCUACAAUGUGGCUACACGCCACAACUAACUCCUCGGGAAUCCAAAUGUUGGGUUGGAAUGCAAAUGAUCAAAGUUAAAAAUGAGUUCCUAAGGACAGGGGCAAAGCAGGGGUUGAAGGCAGAGCGGAGUUGACGGACAGGCUGAGGGCAAUGAAGCCAGAUGAAGCGGAGCUGUCAUUAGUACACAUUUUCCACAAAUGCCCAACAAAAGUCUUUCCUUCAAACACAAGAUUCGUUGGUCCUGGCAUUUUGGACACUGGUCACAAAAGAGUUGAAAACGCGAAGAAGGUCAUUGCUCUAAACUCCGAAGAUGCACCAACAAUUUGUGGCAGCGUCAUGCAGGUAACGCCGAAGGUGAGCCAGGACGACGGCGAUAACGCUUCAAAUGUUAGGGGACGAUGCGAUGGUAUCUCGUGGCGUCUUCCCCGCACUCGAGGACACAGUGACGGACUAGCGCCCGAAGAGUUCAAAUCACAUUUACCUCUGUGGACCUCGGAGCUAGGCUCGAGCCGGUUUUAGCAUGUGUAAUACGCAUAUUUGUGUCGAUAGUUCUCGUGAGUCACGAUUACAUCCCAAUUUUCCUGCAUUAACUGCAAAUCUGAUGCGAGAGAAUGUAUAGUGCGGGUGUAUUGCGGGCCUGGUCAUUUACGAAUAUUCCGCGUUGCUACCUGGGAAUCAAAAUGCUAAAGCAUAGGCGAUGAUAUUUUGAGCUUUUGCAAUUUUCGAAAAGUAAUUGAUUUCAACGAAAUUGAGUCGUGCGCCAUUCUCUUAAACCUCCUUUACGCCACGCAAAGUUUAAUCACAAAAUUGGGAGCCAUUUUUGAGAAAAUUUUGAAAAUGUUGAGGCUUUAUGUUAAGAACCCCCCAAAAAUCCAAG